AUGAGUGUUCUUCAAGCCGCGGUGCUUGGGGUUGUUGAGGGAAUCACGGAGUAUCUGCCGAUUUCUUCGACGGGGCAUCUGAUUCUUGCGUCGGAGCUGAUGGGGCUGGGGGAGACGGCGACGCAGCGCUCGGCGGUGGAUACAUUCAAUAUUGUCAUUCAGGGGGGCGCGAUCCUCGCGGUGCUUGGGUUGUACUUUCCGCGCGUGGUGCAGAUGUGCAAGGGGCUUAUUGGUAAGGACAGCGAUGGGCUCAAGCUCGCGAUCCGGAUCAUUGUGGCGUUUCUGCCUGCGGCGGUCUUGGGUGUGCUGCUCAAUGACUGGAUCGAGAGCAAGCUGUUUAAUACGCCGAUGGUUUUGACGGCGCUGGCGCUGGGUGGGGUGUUCAUGAUUGUGAUCGACAAGUGGAAGUUCAGCAAGCACAAAGAGGGCGAGGUGUUUGAGGAGGGGAUGGAUCUGUAUGAGAUCAGUCUGAUGCAGGCGCUGAUGAUUGGGUUGCUUCAGUGCGUGGCGAUGUGGCCUGGCACUUCGCGGUCGAUGAUGACGAUCGCGGGUGGUGUGCUGGUUGGGCUCAAACCAAAGCGUGCGGCGGAGUUUAGUUUUUUGCUUGGGCUUCCGACGCUUGGGGGGGCGACGGUGUAUUCGUUGUACAAGUCGGUGAGUGGUGAUGGGCCUGACAUGUUUGAGGUGAUCGGGUGGACGCCGAUUGUUGUGGGGCUUGUGGUGGCGACGAUCAGCGCGGCGCUGGCGGUCAAGUGGCUGGUGGCGUUUCUGACCAAGCAUGGACUCGCGGUGUUUGGGUAUUACCGGUUGAUCCUGACGGCGGUAUUGGGCGGGGCGAUCGCGAUGGGUGUGGUGAGUUUGCACGCGGGGGAUUCGGGUGUGAAUGAUGAGAUUCUUGAGGACAAGAUCGAGGUGGUGCUGCUGGAGGGGACGCAUCCGUCGGGGACGCAUCUGAUCGAGCGCGAGGGGUUUCAUGUCACGGCGUUGCACGGCGCGCUCGAGGGCAGUGCGCUGGUUGAGGCGAUCGGGCGGGCGCAUGUGGUGGGCGUUCGCUCCAAGACACAGCUGACUGCAGAUGUGCUCAAGCAUUGCGAGCGGCUGCUUGCGGUGGGGUGUUUCUGCGCGGGGACGAAUCAGGUGGAUCUGGAUGUGGCGGCUUCGAUGGGGGUUCCGGUGUUUAACUCGCCGUUCUCGAACACGCGGUCGGUUGCGGAGUUGACACUCAGCGAGAUCAUCGCGCUGCAUCGGCGCGUGUCGCAUCGGUCGGCGCUGCUGCACAAAGGUGAGUGGGACAAGAGUGCGGAUCGUUCGCACGAGGUGCGUGGUCGGACGCUUGGGAUUAUUGGGUAUGGGCAUAUCGGAUCGCAGAUUAGUGUGCUUGCUGAGGCCGUGGGCAUGCGGGUGGUGUUCUUUGAUGUCGAGAGCAAGCUCCCGAUGGGGAACGCGGGAUCGGUAGGGUCGAUUGAUGAGCUGUUGAAGGUUUCGGAUGUGGUGAGUAUCCAUGUCCCUGAGACGAGCGACACGGUCGGGAUGAUCGACGCGAAGCGGAUCGGGCUCAUGAAGCACGGGGCGUAUCUGAUUAACAACGCUCGUGGUUCGGUGGUGGAUCUCGAUGCAUUGCGCGUCGCGGUGGACGCGGGGCAUAUCGCGGGGGCGGCGGUGGAUGUGUUCCCGGAUGAACCUGCGAAACGGGGCGAGUCGUUUACGAAUGUGAUGCAGGGCGCGGAGAAUGUGAUUUUGACGCCUCAUGUUGGGGGAUCGACGAUCGAGGCGCAGGAAGCGAUUAGUGUCGAUGCGGCGGAGAAGCUGGUGAAGUUUGUCAAUCGCGGCACGACGACGGGCGCGGUCAAUGUUCCGAAUGUGGAUCUUCCAUCUCAGGAGGUCGAGGGGGUGCGGGCGCAUCGGAUUUUAAACUUCCAUAGGAAUGUGCCUGGCGUGCUUGGGAAGUUUCACGAGGCGGCGAGUUCGCUUGGCGUGAACAUCUCGGGGCAGUACCUGCGGACGGUUGGCGAGCUUGGCUAUGUGGUCCUGGAUGCAGAUCCGAGCGGUGCUGAGGCGCUCAAGGACGCGAUGGAUGGGAUUGAGGAGUCGGUUCGGACUCGGAUGUUGUGGUAA